AUGAGCCGAAGUCGUACGCCCUGUUGCUCCCUGCAGGGCUGGCUCGGGAUCCACGCCACGGCGGCGACGCCGAAGCAGGCGUUGGGCAUCUGCCAGCACACCGAGGUGCUGGUCGCGGCCGCACAGCAACUCGCUGGAGGUCCGGUGCCCGGGCUCCGCACGGACACCCGCUCCGCCGAGGACCGCGCGCACAACCUGCUCCUCCUCUCCCGCCGCGUCCCCUGCCUCGUGCCGCUCGGGCCCGACGGCAUCAGCAGCGCCGCGCGUGGCACCGAAGACGGCGUGGCUGCGCUCGUGGAGGCCCUCGCGGAGGCCGCCGCGGCCGCGGCUCCGCCGCAGAGGUCCGAAUAUGCGCCCGGGGGCGAAGCUGCGCCGUCGCAGGGCGCUCCGGAGCCGCAGUCGGCGUCUGAGAUGUUCGCAAGCGGGCGUCAGGACAAGCGUCGUGCGCCGAGUGCGGAAGCGCCGUCGCGGGAGGGUGCGGCGGGGUCGCAGGAGGACGGGGGCUCGCCCGAGGACGUUGCGCUCGCGGACUACGCGGAUGUCGCGCGCGGGGACGGGGCGGGCCGAGACGAGGAAGGCGUGCGGCCAGAGAUCGGGGAAUCUCGAUCUUCGUUCGAUUCGGAGGCCGAAGAGGUUCCCGACGAGGCUGCUCCUGUUGCGUUCGUCGACCGCGACAACUACCCUGACGCGAGCGCGGAGGUGGUGGAGGAGGCGAUGCAGGAGCGCAGCGAAGCGUGGGCGCGGUCCCCCGACUCCCCGCACCGCCCGGAGAGUCCCCCGGAGGUGUCGGAGGGCGAAGCCCCCCGCCCGCGCGGGCCCCGCGCGCGCCCGCACCGCCGCAAGCAGCCCGCGACGUCCGCACCGGGCCCGGCCUGGCGCCCCGUCGGCGUCGUGCCCGAGGGUCGCGUCCGGCGGCCGGACGACGGCAAAAACAUGAGUCUGGGCGGGGGGGGGGUCUCCGCGGAGCAGUCCUUCGUCCGCAGCCUCCGCUCGGGCUCCUCCGGCGGCCUGCGCACCGAGCAGUCCUGGCGCCCCGCGGGCGGCCGCCUCACCCCCUCCCCGCAGCGAUCCCUCGCCCCGUCUCCAGCGCCGUCCUCGCCGCGCGCCGCUGGACGCAAGCGCGCCGCGAAGCCGAAGCCCGCGCAGCCCGCGGUGCGCCGCAGCCUCGCGCCGGAGCUCCGGGGGGCGUCGGAGUCGCGCCGGCGGUCCCGGCAGGCGGACCGCCUCGACACGUCGUACUCCCCCGGGGCGCGAGCGGUGCCGUCGACGGCGGCGGGGUUCGUCGAGGCCGUGGCGCAGGGGGCGUCGCGGCUGGGCGCGAAGGGGCUAAGGGCGAUGCGGAGCGCGUGGGUGGCGAGCGCGGCGGCGCCGCUGCCGCGCGUGGGCGAGGAGGUCGAGGGGGGGGGUGUGGAGGAGGAGUCUCUGGGUGGGGAGGAGGUGGGGCCGUCGUUCGGCGCGCUGGUGGCGGACAUGGCGAGCCUGGUGUCGUUCGUGCGCGGGCAGGUCGCAGCGCACGCGCAGGGCGGCGGCGGGGGAAUGUCUGACAGGGACGCUGACGAGCUGCGCCGGCUCGGAUUCGCGCCGAAGCCUGCGGUGCCCGGCGCGGGCCUCCGCACAGUCAGCGAUGCGCGCCGGACCUACGAGCGGCACAUGCACUGCGACCUGUCGCGGCCUCCGCGCGACUUCCCGCUCCCGCAGGAGCUGCAGGGGGGGAGUCAACCAACACACCCCCCCCGGGAGGCGCGGAUCUCCGAGCCCUCCGGCGACUCGCUCCCGUCCUCUUCGCUCCCGUCGUCGUCCGCGCCGUCGACGCCCGACGCAGAGCCGCAGCACGGCGGCGCGCCCGGGGCGGCCUGGCAGCCGCGCCCGACGUCGCAGCCGCGCCGCGCAGCCUCCGAGUCGCGCGCCCGCGUCGACCCGCUCGUGAUGCAGCGCCUCCACGGCGUGCAGCGCAUGGCCGCGGCGGUCUCCGGGAACAACGCGACUCGGCGACGCGAGCGCGCACAGCACGCCGCAUGGAUGGCCGUUGCCGGACGCGCCCAGGCGGCCCUGGCGCGGCAGCGCCGCGCGCAGGAGCGGCGCGAGGCCCUCCGUGCCGAGCAGCGCAUGAUCCGCGAGGAGCAGCGCGCGACGUACGACGCCAGGCUGCGGCGGCAGCGCGCCCGCGAGCACGAGGCUCACCGGCAGCGCGUGGUGGCGUCUCGCCGCAAGGAGCUGGCUCAGGAGGAGGAGGAGACGGUGCGGCGGGCGUUCCUUGAUGCCAUCGACCAGCGGCGGCAGGUCUUGAUCGACAAGCGCAAGACAGUGCUGGCGGACCGCGUGGCGGAGGACAUGGCGUUGGCGACGGCGGCGCGCCCUGUGCGGGCGGAGGGCCCGAGCGGGCGCGAGAAGGAGGAGCGGCGGCGCGUGGCGGUGAUGCUGGCGCUGAUGGCGGCGCUGGAGGAGCGGGCGACGCGGGCAGCGGGGGAGAAGCGUGCCGCGGAGGUGGCGCGGGCGCGGGAGAUGGAGCAGCUGGCGCGCGAGGCGGUCUUGCGGGAGCGCGGGGAGGCGAUCAUGGGGGCGCUGCACGAGGCGAGCAAGGCGGAGUGGGCGUACUGGCAGAUGCGCGCGCGGUCGGACGGGGCGCUCGCGCAGGACGCGCUGCACCUGAUGGGGGGGGCCGAGGACUGA